AUGGCAAACGAGACUGUGAAUGACAACAACAAAAAGUUAAAAUUAUACAGUGGAGAUCAGGAUUCAUUUAUCCCAUUUACCGGCGGGACUUUGGAGGAUGGUUUCGAUGAUUUCCAUGCUAUAAGUAGAAGUGAAGUUGCAAAACUUCGAUAUAAAUCACAGAAUGCAGGCGUUAUUUUAAUCAUUGCGGCUCUCUUUCUUAGCAACAUGGGGGCUCAGUCAUGGAUAAUUAUGGUAGUGAUAUCAGCAACUUUCAUGCAAUUAUGCAGAGCUGUAGAUGAUAAACUCCUGAGUUUGCCAGGACAACCAAGAGUCAGUUUCCAGCAAUAUGCAGGAUAUGAAACCGUAGAUGAAAAUCAAGACAGAGCUCUUUUCUAUUACUUUGUCGAAGCAGAAUCAGACCCAGCUUCAAAGCCUCUAGUGCUCUGGUUAAAUUGGGGGUGGCCUGGUUGUUCUUCUGUUGGAGCAGGAGCUUUCUCUGAGAAUGGCCCUUUCAGACCAAGUGGUGGAGAGAGUCUUGUUAGAAAUGAUUACAGUUGGAACAAAGAAGCAAAUAUGCUGUACCUGGAAUCGCCAGCAAGGGUUGGUUUCUCUUAUUCUGCCAAUCAAUCUUUCUAUAACUUGGUGAACGACACUAUCACAGCACAAGAAAAUUUUGUAUUCCUACAGAAUUGGUUCCUGAAAUUUCCUGAGUACAAGAAUAGGGAUUUGUUUAUCACAGGAGAGAGCUACGCAGGACACUAUAUACCACAACUUGCUUACCUCAUUGUGAAAUCAGGACUAAAAUUCAAUUUGAAGGGCAUAGCUCUAGGAAACCCUCUAUUGGAGUUCGGUACAGAUUUUAACUCGGAAGGUGACUUCUAUUGGUCUCAUGGGUUGAUAUCAAACCCUACUUAUGAACUUCUCAGUGCAGUUUGUAACACUUCACAACUCUGGCGAGAGCGUCUAGGAGCCUCACUUACGGCUUCUUGUUUGGAAGUGGUAGAUCAACUUAAUGCAGAAAUUCCGGACGCUAUUGAUAAAUAUGAUGUCACUGCAAAUGUUCGUCUAUCGUCUGGUGAAUCAGAAACGCUGUUGGGAGUUCAUAAUCUUCCAUUAUCACCAAGGUUCCAGUCUUUCUCAUCAGGUCAAUCACUACAGGAUGCUCUCAAGAAUACUGGUCUUUGUGCAGGAGAUAAAACUUUUCAAUAUUUGAACAGGAAAGAUGUGCAAGAAACUCUUCAUGCCAAGCUUGUCGGAACUCCACAAUGGACUUUGUGCAGUAGAGUUACACACUAUGAUCUCCGAAACCUAGAGAUACCAACAAUUGAUGUGGUGGGCUCAUUAGUCAGCUCAGGCAUCCGGGUUCUAGUAUACCGGUGGAUAUCAGAUUCUGUUAUCCCAUUUACGAGGAGUAGGAAUUUGGUGGAAGGCUUGGCAAAAAAGCUGGGAUUGAACGCAACUGUGCCCUAUACAGCUUGGUUUGAGGGUGAACAGGUUGGAGGAUGGACACAAGUCUAUGGUGACAUCCUGACAUUUACCACCAUUAGAAGAGGCUCUCAUAUGGCACCAUUUUCAUCACCAGCAAGAUCACUGGCACUAUUUGCAGCAUUUCUAUCUGGGAAGCGUCGACAUAAAUUUUUGUUAAUAAAACUAUCAAAUCUAGCAGUGGUAAUCUUGUAG